UUUUCAACAUCCACAACAUCCUGUGGCAAGAAACUCCCCAGCGUAACUACAGAUGGUGUGAAGAACCAUCUCUUUUCUGUGUUUUGAACCCAGCUCCUGCCACCUUCACUUAAGGCCCUUAUUUCUUUUAUUGGAAAAGACAGUAAGCAACCCUUUCCUGUCCUCCCUCUUCAAUAGCACUUUGAAUUAACACCACAUUAUUAUCUGUUUAUUACAUGUAGCACCUAGAGAUGUCUUUGUGCUGGGCACUAUACAAAGAUAAGGCUAAAUAAUAGUCGCUGUGCUGCAGUGCUCCCAGUCCAAGAAAAGGCAAAAGCAGGCAAAGGGCAGGGGAAAAGUGCAUCACAAAAGAGUAAUGUGAGCAAAGUAUUCUUAUUGCCUGGCCUUUUACUAAAAUUAUCUUUUUCUGUUCCAGGCAGUCCAGUUGGAAAACGUGGUGGUGACUUCUGAUCUCAAGCAAUUUUUCUCCAGCUUCUCCUGAAGGAGAAGUGGGACCUGAGCAGGAUGCAGGAGCCAGUGGCUGGUGAUGUGAGCACAGCCCUUCCCACAUUCCCAUCCCAGGCCAGCUUCGCUGCUGAUUCAUCCUGUAUACAGCGCAUCAUUGCUGAGGAUCCUGAGUGGUCCCUCGUCAUUGUCCCACAGCUCACCGAGCUCUGCCUCCAGCACAUCAUUCGAAAUUUUGAAAAUAACCCUAUUAUGGACUGUCUUCUGCCUGAGCACCAAAGGAAGGUGCUGGACAAGCUCUCCACUGGACUUCCACUAACUGUGACUGCCAAUCUAAUACGUGAUGAGGACUACUGGAAGAGGUGCUGCACUCAGCGCUGGCAAGUGUGCGAUGUCUCCAACUAUGGAGAUAGCUGGAAGCGGAUGUUCUUCGAACGUCACCUGGAGAAUAUCCUGAAAUGUUUCAUCCCUAACAUCACGGACCCCAACCAGGUCCUGGAGCUCAUCCCACUCUGCAAAGAGUAUGUGCGGAAACUGGAGGUUGAUCAGUUCCUUCCCCCAGUGAAGCUGGAUCAAAAGGAGGAGGAAGAUGACUUCUCCGAUUCCGGGAGUGACUUUGAGCUCAGUGAAGCCUCCAUGCAUCACUAUGACCUGGGAGUCCUCAUUACUGCUCUCCCUCAUCUUGAAGAGCUUAUUCUUACUUAUGGUGUGAAGGACUGUGGCAUGAACUUUGAGUGGAACCUCUUUAACUUCACCCACCAGGACUGUUACAACCUGGCUGUUGCCUUGAAGAAGUGCCACAACUUGAAAAUUUUCAAGCUGACACGCAGCAAAGUAGAUGAUGACAAGGCCAGGCUGCUGAUCCAGAACUUGCUGGAUCACCCCUGUUUGAUGGAGCUGAACUUGUCCCACAAUCUCAUCGGGGACAAGGGGGCGCGUGCUGUUGGCAAAUUGAUCAAUCGCAGCAAAUUAGAAAUCCUUGAUCUGUGUAACAACCAGAUCCGUCACAUGGGGGCUCAGACUCUUGCUCAAGCCCUGGCUAAUAACUCCACCCUGACCUCCCUGAAUCUACGCCUCAACUGCGUGGAGGACGAAGGCGGGCAGGCAAUUGGCCAUGCCCUGCUGACCAACACCACUCUGAAGGCUAUCCAUCUGGGAAGUAACAAGCUGUCAGAGCCAACUGCUAUGCUUUUCUCCCAAGUCCUUGCCCAGAACAGCACACUGACUAGUAUCAAUUUCUCAUGCAACCACAUAGGGCUGGAUGGUGGGAAGCAGCUGCUUGAAGGGCUCAUGGAUAACAAAAUUUUGACCGAGUUUGACCUCCGCCUGGCAGAGGUGGGCCAGGAGAGUGAAUAUCUCAUCAACCAAAUUCUACGCGCCAACCAGGAAAGAGCCCGGCUGAGAUCUCUGCAGUAUUCACCAGUCAAACCCCUCUGAAGAAAAAUCUCCAGAAAUCAAUGAGCUUUUCAGGUACUGGUAGUCCACUGUGUAAGAUUUGACAUGAAAUACCUCCCCUCUCUGAGCGCUGUGGCAAACAUAGCUCCCUGCCGGAGAUGAGCAGGAGGGAAGCAUAGGAGGCACUUGGUGACUGUAAUACAGGUUGUCUGUCAGAAAACAUCGUGCAGCCACAGGUGGUGGUGGAUUUAACUGGCCGUGGUUUGCUUGCAGGAAGGUAUUCAGCCUCUGAAAUGUCACCAACGCAGCGGCUGGUGACAAGAGCAAAGACACUCACCUGCUCAGUCUCCUGUGUUUCUAGACCACCUGCUUUGCCCAAGGCCUUGAUGUAGGACGGGAUUUUUCAUCCUCAAUUUUCUGCCAAUCAGCAUCCACUUGAUAACAGAGCAAAUGCUAAGUUAAUAUCGGUCUCUGUGUGUGAUCAGUAGUGUUUUAGUGUCUUUUGGGAAGGCAAUCCUUACUUUGGAGGUUUGUCUUUAUUUGUAUUUUUGAGAAACACUCAACUUGUGGCCGCUACUACAGCCUUUCUUUGCAUCUUUGCAUCCAUCAUCCUAGCCUGUGGCUCAAUAUGAGAAAAGCACUAGAUCUAAUGGGACUGUAGGGGCUUCACAGAAGCAAUUUGCCUCUUGAGUUCUCUCUCCCACUGUGCUCGAUGUUAAAUCUCAUCUCCUGUAGUUUGUCACAUGGUCCUGUAGCAAGCUCAGGGCAGGAUUAUGAAAGGGAAUGCGUUUGGUCAACUGAUUGUUGUUCCACCUAUAAAACACCUACGGUGAAUAGCACCCCUAAAUGGUCUAGUUCAGAUUUAAUCCUCAGGGCAGCCAGCUAUUUCAGGCUUUUUGCUGGAGGUAGAAGUGAGAGGCAUAGAGGGUAGUGGAAUGUCGUUGGCAGUUGCUCAGAAGCUUUUUCUCGUUAUUGAUCCGGCUGAGGUUUCAGCCCUGUUUUUAUAGCAAAAUCUGUCUAGUUUCAAAUAUGGGUGGUCAAAUGUAAAGAAAGCCAUUCAGGAAAUGAUAGAUAGCUCUCUCCAACAUCCUUUCUUGCUUUCUGCUGUUACACCUUUGAACGCUGCUAGCCCUGCUUUGCAAACAGGUGAAUUCUUUAAAACCAGUUGCUCACCUUAACCGGGAAGGUUCCUCCGUGCAAGCCUGUCAAAAAAACACUCUGUGCCUUGCAGAACUUUGAACGAGAGGGAUCCCUCCUGGGAUCCUGCAGGACUGCUGGACCACAGAUCUCUCAGGAUUGAGCAGCAGAGACUGGAUGCCUUGCUGAAAAUGGAGCUGCUUCCUUGGGUUUGCAGGGAGACGGAUCCCUCCCAUCACAAGAACAAGGGGUGAGCGUAAGAGGCAGCCCAGGCUGUCACUUACCCUCUCCUUCUGCCCCAUGGGCUAUGGUCACCCGAGGAGGGCAGGAAAGCCCACCUACCUAAUUGCCUUAGUCCCUUGAUCACCCCAAUCAGGAGAGGUCAGCAGGUAAUUAAGCAAACUGACUGACCCUUCUAGGCUUCCAUUCACUCCCUGCCCUUUGAGCAAUGCAGGGGCUUCAAGUGUCUCCCAGCUCUGGCUUGCAUCAGCGUUCACAGAUCCACUGCUGAGAGCCAUGUCAGUGAAUCAUCUGAAACUUUUAUUACACCGAUUUGGUUUACAAUCUUUGUACUCUGAUAUUUCCAACAAAAAAGGCAACAUUGUGAUAUACUGUUUGUACAUAUAUAGAGAGACAGACAGAGCUAGAUCAUAUUGACAUAGUUGAAAAGUAAAAACUGUUCCCAGUGCUCACAAAAGAAUUUGUUAGCCAUAUACCUGCUUGUGCCUUGCUCUGCCUGAUGGAUACAGACAUCUAUGGCUCUGCUGCCUGCAGGCCCCUGGCCGACUAGGCCUUUACCUGCUUGAUGUCAAGGCCUUAUAGAUCAGAAAGGAUAGAUUGCGAGGCUAUCACUAGCAGCAGUAGCCACACCAUGGGUGGCGACAUGGAUCACCCCAAAGCCCUUGCAGAUCAGUAUAGCUCCCUUCCAAACUAUUCAUGGAUGCUCCAGGGGCUAAGUCUGCAAGAAAAUAUAACCAGUGGCAGCAGCUAUGAAGCCUUCCCACUCUGGCAUCUCCAACUAUUUGUUCCCCAUCCUCGAGACCGAGGUAUUGAAUAGAUUUAUUUCUUUUUAUUUGCAUUUACAAAAUACUUCCACUGAAUGACACACCUGAAUGAGAUGAAAGCUUGUGUUUAGAAAUGGCAGAAAAGACCCAGAUCAGAUUCCGGCUGAAGAAGGAACAGCUCCAGCAAUAAGGGUGGGAUUUGGGUUUAAGGAGACGGCCUUGUCCUGGGAAAGCCUGCAUGUAGCUCUGAGUGCAAGGCUGUGUCUGGACAGCCAGCUGUGCAGUAAUAGCUAGCACUGAGAGGGCAAUGAUGUGAUCCCUCAAACAUGUAGAGCCACUGAAGAACAGGGCUGGAAAGAAAAGGGCUGUGAAUAUGCGUCACUGGAAAAACUAUUAAAUUGCUUUCCAGGAUACUCACAGCUCCCCCGGCUGCAAAUAGCCGACAUUGUUAACAAAACGUCAAAGCCUUCUAAUCACCAUCCAAACGCAUUCCUGGGCCAUCACAUGCAAGAACUCCUGGCCAGGUAGCCAUCUGGAGAACCCUUUGCCUUCCCAUCCACGAAUCUCUCAGCCAGUCAAACAGCAAAACCAAAAUCAACCUGCAUGGCCAGACACUUGCCCACACGCAAGAGACCAGCAGAGCUCAUUAUCAGCCAGCUUGCAUGGAUGGGUUCAAGCUGUUUCAAACACUGCACUAGUUGGUUAAAAUUAAACCUGUUCCCAGACAACUGGCAGGAACAACAAAUUCACUGAAUGAACAGUCCCAUUACUGGUAGGAAUCCUGACACGUUGAGGCCUGGUUACAAAGGUGUGGGACUACCCUGCACUGUUGUCACUACUGGGUGAUGUGUCUGGAAAGGCAUGUGCUGCAGUGUGGUGCUGAUGCAGGGUGAGUACAGAUCACCUAGCUCUCCUGUGAAAUCCAUACCCAGGAAUUGCUGGGGGGCUUUGAGGAGGGAGGUCAACUAUGGGCCUCCAUGUCUAGGAGGGAAUGAAGUUCUGCUCCUUUUCUGGGAGCUUUCCUUCCCUCCUGUCACUGUCCACCACUGAGGAAUGUGGGUGCCCCGUGAACAGCAUUCAGCCCCGUGAAACAGCAGGGGCAGGGGGACCCCAGCCAACCUGGGAGCAUCCCCUUGCUCACGGGGUGUGCAUGGGUCUGUACCAGUGUGAUGGGGAAGAAAGGGGUGGCUGGGAAGUAAAAGAGGCUCCCAGACUUCUGAAUUCAGGGGAAUGACACAAGGGCUUUUGCUUGGAAUAUGCCAGGAGGUGCCUCUGCUCCAGCCUGACAGGGUGCGAGGCUGGCUCCCUAAUACAGCAGAUGGCGAGCUGUGCUUCCGCUGCUCUGAGUGCAGCGCACACAGCGGAAGAACCCAGCGGCUGGCUUCCCAGGCCUCUCAGCUUCUGCUCACAGCGACAGGGGCACCGAUUUGCAAGGUGUCGUGCUGGCACAUGUCGUAAACAUGACAGCAGGUUGAUUUCAAGCACCAACUGGGAAUGGAGGAGCAGACUGCCUUGGGGACAGGCGGAGACUGUGUAUGGAAAUCAUUACUUGCAUUCACUCUCCUUUUGCUCCAUCAGGGCUGCUUUGUCCACACUGAACUUCUGACCCUGCCUGCCAGGGUACCUGCUGGUCUUCAACAUAACCAGCCAAGGUGCUGGUGACUGGCCAUUAGCAGCAGGAAAGAAAGACAGUGGAGCUACGUGCUGCCCCCCAGACAGCAUAAUAGAGCCAACUGUGUUUCCUGACAGGGUGAAGGCCUGGGCUCAGGCAAGUUUGGAGCAUUUCCAGGUCAUCUCUUAGCAAGGUGAACUUUGAAACUGAAUUGGGAAGUAAAUUGCUUGCUUGUAAAUCAGUAUGGCAAGCACUACUAGCCUGAUGCACACAAGGUGCAGGCCACAGCCCUGCACUCGAGAUGACUGGCACAGCUCUCCCGACUGCUGGCACCGUUUUACCCCAUUAGCACCGAAAAUGCUGGUGCUCUACACGCAACACCCUCCCUCCAAACAUCUCCACCAGCUAGCCCUGUCCUGGGCCAAUGCAUUGCUCUGCUGACAGGUGUCCACGUCAGCCUGCACUUUUUGCCAACCUGACCCUCCCCUGGAUUCUUCCUUUGGUCACAGUAAAGAGAGAUGAAGCCUGAGCUCCUGUGGCUGGGAAGACGGGAAGCAGCACAGAGCCAACCCCUGCAUCAGCUUCCCUAGGCAGAGGGGACAGCUAAGAAAUGAAGCAGUUCCUCCCUACAGGCUGUGCCUGAAAUAGCCAACACUGUCAGAUCCCUGUCCCCAGCCUCGAUGGAUUAGCCUCUCCAAGGCACAAGACAAUUUAUUCAUUAGUGACAUUUACACCUUGUGGCUGCAUUAUCCAUUGUGGUCUGGUGACACGUGCUCAAGCUGUCAGCGCUGAGCUGGGAGGCAACAUCGUUGGUCUGAUGAUGCAGUGAGGCUUGGCCUAGGCACCUGAGCUUGCAAAUACCUCCUGCCUGUCUCCUUAGCCAGAGCGUAUUCACUGCCUGUUUUGUUCCAGGUCUUUUCCAUCAAACGCGCCGCUCCCUCUGUUUCAUUCUUCCCAUCUGUCUCUUCUCUACCUCGAAACGCUGGUGCUCUAGCACACAGGCUCCUGCCCUGUCUUGUCUCACGUCUCCCACAAAAACCAUCACAUCUACAAAGCCUUCAAUAGCUGUUCACACACAGACCCUCCCCUCCUAGAUCUUGCUGAGCGUUCACACUGUCCUGCCCUCCUAAUUUAGCUCCUUCAUGAGCUGAGUUUUGUUCAGCCCACAGGAAAGCUUCCUUCCGUCUCAGCAGAGCAGCACAGAGCCCACAUUCAGAGAAUCUCCUGCAGAUAUGCUGCUUUCACCAUGACACUGUUCCCCGGUCCCACACAGCUACAAGAGCCUGCCUGCUCCUCUUCAUCAGGGAGAGCACCAAUGAAUUGGAGAUAAGGAACAGCAAAAUGUCAAGGGCUUCUGUUUUCUGGCUCCAGUCUGUUGAACUUCUCUCUGGAAAGCUCUCAAGUGUCUGCCUACAAGGGCUGAAGGAAGUGCUGGCAAGCUCCCCAGGAAAGCAUAAAAUGAUGCAAAAGUAACAUGCCAGAGGGCAGGAUGCACUGCAGCGCUCUACAGGCUACGCUACUCCCCCUCAAGGCAAGCACAAGGCACGCAAAUGCAGCAAGCAGCGUUUGAAGGCAGUGUACAGUCAAACUAGCAGGUUACCCUGAGAUCUGGCCACAAACACGGCCAGAGGUCAUUACACAUCCAUAGGUAUUUCAUAGCUGACCCACAGCACCUAGCAGAGAGGGGGCUGAAGUGGUAUGAACGCACAGCCUAGGAGGUUGUCAUGACCUCAGCAGUUCAGGGAGAGGGAUGCUCUGGAUAGCUCAAAGGAAUGACAAUUUUCAAGUCAAAUUUGGGGAGGGUGAGAAUAGCUGGAGAGCGUUGGCCAGGGAGCAGAUUCAACAACUCUCCCAUUUCAGCCAGCCAGCCAGCAGGGGAUUAGCUUGUUCUCAAACACUCCUUGCUACAUGCUUUUAUCCCUGCUCUCUGCCGUUCAUGGCAGCAAAUGUGAUGCUUCACACCACCUUCUCACAAAAAACAGGUCAGGAGCUUCCUUUCACAAGCAACGAGGAAUGCUCUGUCACCUCGCAAACCACUCACUACAAGAACAGAUGGGCUUCACCAAACCAAAGUCACAAACG